AUGAGCACGAGAGGGGAGAUGUCUCCCCCCGGCUGCCGCCGCACCUCCCCGCCGGCCGCCUCUCUUCCAGACGACGACGACAUGCUCCGGGAGAUUCUCCUUCGCUUGCCCCCGCGGCCUUCCUCCCUCCCCCGGGCCUCCCUCGUCUGCAAGCGUUGGCGCAGCCUCGUCGCCGAUCCCCAAUUCCAGAGCCGCUUCCGCGACGACCACGGCAAGCCUCCUCUCCUUGGCUUCUUCCUCGAUUCCCGUCAGUUUGUUCCGAUUCUGGAUCCACCAGAUCGCAUCCCCGAAGCUCGCUUCUCCAUGUCUCCCCUCGAGAGCUACCGCAUCAUCGACUGUCGCCACGGGCUCGUCCUUUUCCUCGCCCACAGGAUGAUGCGCCGCUUAGUUUUGUGGGACCCCGUCGCGCGCGAGCAGCGCCGGCUGUUCUUCCCGCCGGAGCUGGACAACGCCCAGAUGUUCUUCUUCAACGGGGCGGUGCGUCGCCCUGCCCGCCGCCAAGGAUGGCAUUUCCAGGUGGCCCUGAUAGCCCGUGACGCAUUAUGCACAAGAGUUUCGGUGUGGCUUUACUCAUCAGAGACCGCAGUAUGGGGCAACAUCAACUCACUGCAGCUGCAAUCGAUUCAGUCUAUGCCACAACCCAGCACUUUGGUUGGGAAUUCCUUUUGCUGGUUAUUUACCGUGGAUCAUGGCUGUGUCAUACUUGAGUUUGAUCUUGAUAGGCAGAGCCUAGCUGUGACAGAGCUGCCACCACACAUAGAUAUGGAAAUCGACUUUCACAAGUUAUGGAUUAUGCCCUCCCAGGGUGGUGGGCUUGGCUUCAUCCAUCUCUCACAACACUUCCACGCCCAAUUAUGGAAGAGAGUGCCUGAUUCUGAUGGUUUGGCUGUAUGGGUGCCCGACAGAGCUGUUGAAUUCGGGGAACUUAGAUCAUCUUGCAAAGGCGACUUCCUCACUUUGGUUGGGUUUGACGAGGAGAGUAAUGCAAUCCUUGUGCUGACAGCUUCUGGUGUCUUCAUGGUCUAUCUCCAGUCAACGGAGUUCAAGAAACUUUCUGAUCCAAUGUCCUUCUGUCACCAUUAUCCAUUUGCAUGUUUCUAUCCUGCAGGUACUGGCAUUAUUGAUGGACAUGAUGGAAAUGAAGUCUUGAACAAUAUGUGA